AUGAGUUCGAAAAAGAUGGAAGGGUCGUCUUCUCCGGCGAUUCGACGGGACCCGUACGAGGUACUUUCUGUAUCAAGGGACGCGAAUGAUCAAGAAAUCAAAUCCGCUUACAGAAAAUUAGCUCUAAAGUAUCAUCCGGACAAGAAUGCAAACAAUCCUGAUGCGUCUGAGCUUUUCAAGGAAGUUGCAUAUUCCUAUAGCAUUUUGUCUGAUCCUGAAAAGAGAAGGCAAUAUGACAAUGCAGGAUUUGAGGCCCUUGACGCUGAGGGAAUGGACAUGGAAAUUGACUUGUCGAACCUCGGAACCGUAAAUACAAUGUUUGCUGCAUUAUUCAGCAAACUAGGCGUGCCUAUCAAGACUACUGUGUCUGCCAAUGUUCUUGAAGAGGCUAUGAAUGGAACUGUUACUGUUAGGCCACUUCCUAUUGGAACAUCAGUUAGUGGGAAGGUUGAUAAGCAAUGUGCACAUUUUUUUGGAGUUACGAUAAGUGAACAACAAGCUGAGUCAGGGGUGGUUGUUAGAGUAACAUCAACAGCACAAAGUAAAUUUAAGUUACUUUAUUUUGAGCAAGAUUCAAGUGGCGGCUAUGGAUUGGCCUUACAGGAAGAGAGCGAGAAAACAGGCAAGGUGACAUCAGCUGGAAUGUAUUUCUUACAUUUUCAAGUAUACCGAAUGGAUUCUACUGUCAAUGCGUUAGCUGCAGCCAAGGACCCAGAAUCUGCGUUCUUCAAGCGAUUAGAAGGUCUUCAGCCUUGUGAGGUUUCAGAACUGAAAGCUGGCACUCAUAUAUUUGCAGUUUAUGGUGACAAUUUCUUCAAGACUGCAUCUUACACGAUUGAGGCACUCUGUGCCAAGACCUACGAGGACACAACAGAGAAGUUGAAGGAGAUUGAAGCUCAGAUUUUAAGAAAGAGAAACGAGUUGCGGCAGUUUGAAACAGAGUACCGAAAAGCUUUGGCGCGCUUUCAAGAAGUCACCAACAGAUAUACUCAGGAGAAGCAAACUGUGGAUGAACUACUAAAGCAACGUGAUACAAUCCAUUCGUCCUUCUCUGCCGUGAAGACACCAAGCGGCAACAACUUGAGCAAUGGGAGUAGCAGCAAAGCUCAGGGAGAGGAAUCGAAAGGCGACGGGGAUAGUCCCGGAGAAGAAGGAUCAGAGAGCAGAGACAAAUCAAAGAGGAAAUGGUUCAACUUGAACUUAAAAGGAUCUUCUGAUAAGAAGCUUGGUUGA